AUGUUGGGCUCAGAAAAGAACAGUCGAAGAAGAGCUAUUUGGACCAGAAAAACAUCUGUGUUUUUGUAUUUCUCAAAUGAUUCGUACAAGAAGAGAGUGGAUUUUUUAGCUAAAUCAUUUCAAAGAAUCAUGAUUGUGAGUGUGGCAACCGUUAGAUGUUUUUUUGAGUAUAGAUCAACAUUAGAUACUAAAUAUGAGUCAGAUAAGGAGAGAAACAAUGCGUUGGAAAGAUGUCAUCAAAAAUGUGCUGAAAUUACAUUACAUGCGUUGGAAAACAAUGGUGGGAUUUAUAUUAAAUUGGGACAGCAUAUUUCAGCAUUAACAUAUUUAUUGCCCAAGGAAUGGACAUCCACUAUGACACCCCUACAAGACAGAUGCCCAAAGACUUUGGUGAGUGAUAUAAACGAGAUGUUUAUCGAGGAUAUUGGUUGUUCGCUUGACGAUAUGUUUUCUGAAUUUGAUGAAAAACCAAUUGGAGUUGCGUCAUUAGCCCAGGUUCAUGUUGCGACGUUGAGAGAAACUGGAGAGAAAGUUGCAGUUAAAUGUCAACAUCCCUCACUAAAGGAAUUCGUUCCGCUAGAUAUAUUGAUCACGAAAAAUGUGUUUGAGUUGUUGUAUAAAGUGUUUCCUGAAUAUGAUUUAAAUUGGCUAGGAGAAGAGAUGCAAUCGUCUAUAUAUGUCGAGUUAAAUUUUGUUGAAGAAGCCAAAAAUGCUAGGAAUACGUCGGAUUAUUUUAAAAAUUACCAAAGACAAACAGCAUUAAGAGUUCCAAAGAUUUAUUCGGCCCAACCAAGAGUGUUAAUAAUGGAGUAUGUGGGUGGAUCAAGAUUGGAUAAUUUAGAGUAUUUCAAAGACAAUAAUAUUUCAAGAGCAGAAGUGAGUGCAUGUUUGGCACACAUUUUCAAUAACAUGAUAUUUACCCCAGGCGUUGGCAUUCAUUGUGAUCCACAUGGUGGAAAUUUGGCCAUCAGAGCGAUUCCCAAGAGGAAAAAUGGACACAACUUUGAGAUUAUCUUGUACGAUCAUGGGUUGUAUCGAUUUGUCCCAAUUCAAUUGAGAAGAGCGUAUGCAAGAUUUUGGCUAGCGAUUAUUGAUUCGGAUGAGAAAUCAAUGAGAAAAUACGCAAAGGAGUUUGCUGGAGUUACAGACGAAGAAUUUCCCUUGUUUGCAGCUGCAAUGACAGGAAGAGAUUUCGAACACGCAGUUGGAAACAUUACUACUCCAAGAAGCCAAGAGGAGAUCAACUACAUGGUUGGGCUUUUUGAGGAGGGAAGCUUUUUGACUGAUGUGAUGGCGUUGCUAUCCAAGCUACCCAAAAUUGCAUUGUUGAUCAUCAAAACCAACGAUUUGGUGAGGGUGUUGGACGAAAACAUGGAGUAUCCUCUUGGGCCAGUGAAAAGCUUCUUGAUCAUGGCCAGCUACUGCGCGCGAACCAUCUACGAAGAAGACAGGGAGGUGUUGCUUAGAAAGGUGUGGUGGACGUAUAAGACGAGAUCGCACCAGUUGUUGGUGUACAACCUCGUCUCGUUGUUUUCCAGCUCGUCCUAG